CACGAUUCGUCAUGAUUCCCUAACAAAAAUGGCGCCGGCCCCUGUUGAACGACAGGCGAACGGCUUUCAGCCUCCCCCAUCGUCUAUUUUGGCUACUCACGUAGUCCAUGGAGAAGGCGUUCCUGACUUGGAUCGGCAUCACUUCAAUCAGUUGUUGACAGAAGCGCUGGGCUCAGAUGCGGAAGGCCAACCCAAUCUAGGCGAUGAUGUGUCGGUCAACCACAAACUGAUCUGCAUCAUAUUCCAAGUUGGCAUCCAGCCGGCCCUGGAAGAGACUCCAUUUCAGACUUCGGCCGCUCCAGGUAAGGUGGAUGUUCAGUUGAGACGAUGCCUCGCAGUACUACAGGUCGCCAUUGAGAGAUCGCCACAGGUACUCUUUGUGAAGUCGGAUCCUCCUGGCAGAGAUGUGCCUGGACCCCUGUGUCCGCUGUACUACUGGCUAAUUCCUAGGCUACUGCCUCUCCUCUCUCUCUGCCAGGAUGUCGAGGCGCGAGAUGCUGUUCUUGAUGUUUUCAAUGCUAUGCUUGAAGUUGACAGGAACUGUGGCACCCCUUAUCUGUGUGACAAUGUCCUGGACUUCAUGAGGUGUUGUGUUUUAGGUCUCGUGCAAAUUGCCAUCUCAUGUCAAACAUUCCAUCCGCGCAAGGCUAUCAUCAUCGAUGCAGGAGACUUCACUACUAUUCUCGCCACUGCGUCUCGUGGAACCGUCAUAACCCUGCCGAGCUUGAAGUUUCCUUCUCUUCGCCAGCUGUUUCUGACGUUGGCCCGUGUGCUGAAGGUCAUUUCGAAAAACUCCCUCUCGGCACAGAGCAGGAUCCAGUUUUGGAAAGUGUUCACACGCUUCCGGCACCUUGUGGACGAUCAUCAUGAUUCCAUAGCUGAACAGGAUCCUUCCGAGGAAUUGUCCCAUGAGAUCCGUGGAUUGAGCUUCACCCCGCGUCGGCCACCUGCUAAGUCGCCCGCCGUGGUUGACGACAAUGAUGCUUGGCCCGAAAGCGAUAGAGCCCGCAAACGGCCUCGACUCUCAACAGACACCGAGGACGGUCUGCCAGAUCAGAACUUCCAACAGCAGUUAUGCCGUACUCUCACCAUGGCGCUGACUGGACGUGCUGUUCCCGACCUCGAUGGACUUAGCCAGACUGUGGCUGCGCAUUUCCGUCGUCUACCUGAAGACGAACAAUGUGCUGCUCUUGAAUUGUUGGGCGCAACUGCAUGUCGCUUUGCUCAGAAUGCACAGAGGAGCCACUGCCAGAUAUGCGACGAAACGCCCGAACUAACAAACAUAUCUGAUUUGCCGGUGGCGGCGACCAGUGAAGAGCUGCUGAAGACACUAGUUGUUCUCAUUCAGAACAUCUCGCGGCCUUCAAGAGCAAGGAUUGCUGCCAUGGCAGCGCUGCGUCGGAUCCUGAUGCACAGCGUUACAUCCUCAGAUUUGAAGCUCACUCAGACACCUGCCGGCGAAUGGUGUCUUCAGUCACUGAAGAGCUCCUCCAGAGAUCUUCGUAUUGCAGCCACUAGAACUUUGCAGGCAUAUUUGGUGAGAAAAAAAGAUGUCGACAUCAUCGCAACGCAGGAAAAUAGGGUCGUCUCCCUGGACUUUCUGCACAGCAUCUGGCAGAAAGGGCAAGUGGCACUGCAAGAGACUGCGGCCAUGGCUCUGGUCCGGAUGGCGCAGGUUGUCGGCGAUGAAGAGCUGAACAUCAUUCUAGUCCGAUUGGUGGACUACCUUGGCCACAGCAAUCCUUAUCUCAGUGGCGUGGUAUAUGCUGAAAUCCAACAAUUGGCUAUAUCCAUGCAUAUCUCGGUCUGGCUUCUUUUGCGUCCGUACUGGCGGACAUUAGGUGUUGUCCUGGCAAAGUCACUGACAGCACGGCCAAACGUGGCAUAUCAACUCUGUGAUCUUCUGGGAAUGGAUAUGUCGGGACUGAUGGGACAUACAGCAGAAUAUGCUCUCCCUUAUCUUGUCCUUCACAAAGAAACGGACGCCAUUGCGCGCUUCGCCGAGUCCAACGGCUCGUCAACCACUCCUUUUGAACUUUGCACGCAAGCAAAGAAUCUUAUUGCCAUCCUCUCAUUUUUACUGGUGCAGCCAUUUUCCGACGCCGAACAAUCCAUCCUGUCGCUCUUGUCAGAAGUCUCGGAGGACUUUGCGAAGACCGACCUCUCUAAUUGGGUGGCUCUGGACCCGAUCCACAUCGCCUGCGAACUCCUCAAGGCGAUCGGUGACAGUGGGCAAGGAAAAUCCUCUCGUGUUUACCAAGCUCUACAAUUACUCGCACAGCUGGUAGCUCGUCAACGUGGGCAGUCCUCUGGUUCUAAGCGCAGUGACAGUAUAGGGUCCUUCCUGGAGAGUAAUAUUCUUGCAAUCGUGACCCAUUUCACUGUCUUUUUGAACGACCUGGAAGCCAAAGAACCCAAAGUGGAAAAGCGGAGAUGCAUUGCUGCUCUGGGUGAAGUGGUCAAACUGGGCAAAAGCCGAAUCGUACGAGCCUUACCCCAAAUUUGCGCUUGUCUGAGGUCUGGUUUGGAAGACAAAGAUCUCUGCAACUCGGCUUUCAGCUCCUGGGUGGCCAUGGUGAGGUCUCUGAAAAAGGACGAUCUGGAACCCCUGAUCGGUCAGACCUUUGCAAUCAUCGUCCGAGCUUGGGACCUGCUGGACAAUUCUUCGCAACAACUGGCCUAUGAUGUGGUUGGCGAACUGCUCCGGAAUCAUACCGACUUGAUCCGGGAGCAUUUCAGCAUUAUACCGUCCUUGGCAUCCGUCCCCAUGAUGGCAAAGUACGAGUCGGAGAUCUCGACCUUGAAACGGCAGAUGGAUGAGCGACACCAACUGGUUGCAUACAUUGACCGACUGCAGGAUGAAAAUCUUGUUGUGGUCCAACAAGCUUUAAGCGAGCUGCCUCCCCUUCUGGCUCAAAGGCAAGAUUUGCUACAACGCUCCAUACUCCGUGAACAACCUGAUGAGUUUGUGGCCAGCCUGACCCGUGCUCUUCUCGACUGCUGCGUUCGAUUCAAUACGAGUAUCGAAGUCACCAGACUAUGUGGUCAGUGCCUUGGGCAGAUAGGUUGUCUAGACUCCAGCAAGAUCGAAAGCGUCAGAGAACGCAAAUCAAUGGUAGUCUUGGCGAAUUUUGGAAAAGCAGAUGAAGCUAUCGAGUGGGUCUUCUUCUUUCUCCAGCACGUACUGGUCAAGACAUUCCUCUCUGCAACUACGACAAGGGCGCAGGGAUUUCUGGCUUGGGCAAUGCAAGAGUAUCUCAAGACUUGCGAACAGGACAGUUCAUCGCGACACGGGGGUUCUAACCUAGCCUCACGGCUCUGGGAGAAAUUGCCGGAGUCUGUACAACAUACUCUGACCCCGUUCCUGAGCUCGAAGUACACUGUACAGGAGAUCCGACCACCCGAGAAAAGUGAAUAUCCGCUUUACCGUCCUGGGAUGAAACACCGAGAUUGGCUUCGAACCAUCACUCUUGACUUCCUCCAUAGGGGCUCUGGCGACAAUGUUGAGAUGAUGUUUGGAAUAGCAUGUCGCAUUAUUCAUGGGCAAGACACUUCCAUACCGGCCUUUCUCCUGCCAUAUGCGGUCGUUAAUCUUAUUGUCAGUGGCAUCGAGCGUAACAGCGAAGAUAUCUUGAGGGAAGUCACAUCGAUCCUGAGCUUGCCAUUGGAGGGCGAGGAGCGCCGCAUCCAGGAUGAUACCAAGUUAUGCAGCCAGACCGUCUUCGAAAUUCUAGAUUAUGUGAAUGUGUGGCACCAACAAAAGCGAAAACAGUACGCGAUGGGUGUGGCCAAAUCCGACCGAGGACCAGACGACCCCCUUUUGCAGAGUGCUGCAGCACAGAUCCGGAGCAUUGAACGGGUGCUGGAGCGCAUUCCUUCUGAAGUUUUGGCAAAGCGGGCUCUUGAGUGCAAAUCCUACUCCAGAGCGCUCUUCCAUUGGGAACAGCAUAUCCGCCAGUCCAAAACUGACAAUCUUGAGGCGGAACUCCAGAAAAUGCAAGACAUAUAUGCUCAGAUUGAUGAACCCGACGGCAUCGAGGGCAUCUCUUCACAAAUGCAUGUUCUUGACAUUGAGCAACAGGUUUUGGAGCACAAGAAAGCCGGCAGAUGGACGGCCGCUCAAAACUGGUACGAGAUGCAACUUGUUGCCGACCCCGACAGCGUUGAUGUCCAGAAGAACUUGAUGGACUGCCUCAAAGAAUCCGGACAGUAUGAUGCCUUGCUUCACCACUAUGAGGGCAUGAAGCAUAGGAAUGCUGCCCCUUCGACAGUCCUCGCACCAUAUGCAUUGGAAGCCGCUUGGGCCACAGGUCAAUGGGACCGCCUGGCAAAUUACAUCCCUCAAAGCGGCGGGUCUGAUUUUGCGUCUCAUUUAGCAGAGCUGAUGCUAGCUGUGAAGGCCAACAACACUGAAAAGGCAAAGCAGCUCUUCGAAGAACUUUACGGCCAUGCGGCAUCAGAGCUAACGCCAGCGACCAUCUCUUCCUUUCAGUCCAGUCAUGACUCACUGUUGAAACUACACGUGCUCAGCGACGUGCAGCUCGUGACAGAGAGUGAUAAAGAGGACCGCAUGUCAGUACUCGAGAGCCUACGAGGUCGUCUCGAUGUCCUAGGGUCAAAUGUUGCUGACAAGCAGUAUGUCCUUGGGAUUCGGCGUGCUUUGAUGUCCCUACGACGAGACGUGUUCACCCCAGAUGACGUUGCUGCAGCUUGGCUGGCAAGUGCCAGGUUGGCGCGUAAAGCUCGAUCCACCACUCAAGCCUUCAAUGCCGUCCUCAAAGCGUCGUCGCUCGGCGAUAAAUCUGCGGCGAUAGAACAGGCUAAGCUCAUGUGGCUCGAGGGACAUCAUAGAAAGGCCAUCCAAAUCCUGGAAGGAGCUAUUGAGUCUGGCGCCUUUACAGCGCAUGACUAUAUCGCCGAAAACGGACCUGUCACAAUGACAGUCGAACAGCGCCAUUCGCAGAACCAGCUCACAGCCAAAGCAUAUGUGCUGCUCGGAAAAUGGCUCGACCAGUCCAGUCAGACCCAGUUUGAAGUGAUUCGAAAAACCUUUCGAAAAGCGACCGAGAGCUUCCGCCGGUGGGAGAAAGGAUGGUAUCACCUGGGUCGGUACUAUAACAAGAUCCUUGAUUCGGAGAAACUGAUGCCUCCGGGCAAAGAGAGUCAAGCAUAUCUGACGGGAGAGACUGCCAAACUUGUUAUUGAAAACUAUCUACGGUCGCUCAAUUGCGGCAGCAAAUAUGUCUUCCAGACGUUGCCCAAGGUUCUUACUCUUUGGCUCGAACUGGUAGACGGGAGGGACUUGCCAAAGGACCCCCGGCGUGGCAAUGAUGAAUUCCUCAGACACAACGCGGAGCGCCGACUGCAAAUCAUCAAGGACACCAACAUUUAUAUCAAGAAAUAUAUCGACCGCAUGCAACCUGUUAUGCUCUACACGAUUCUACCACAGGUCGUCGCCCGGAUUUGUCAUAAUGACCCAACGAUCUCAGACAUUCUUGGGAGCAUUGUCGUCAAGGUGGUCCGCACGUUUCCCCAGCAAGCAUUCUGGACACUCUUGGCUGUAGUCGAAUCCAAGCAGAAAGACAGGGCCAUUAUAGGCAAGACGCUCAUGAACAAGAUAGUUGAAACUCAAAAGAAAUCCUCAAAAGAUGGAGCAAUCAGUGCUGCCGAACUCAGAAACAUGUACACCAGUGGACAGAAAUUUGUCAGGGAGCUGCUUCGCAUUUCGGAAUAUCCCAUCGAGGGCAAAGUGUCCAAGGUCAGCCUCGCCCGCGAUCUCGGCUUCAACCACAAGAUCGCGCCGUCGAGACUCGUGGUGCCAAACCAAGCAUCCUUGAUCCCCAGUAUGCCUACCAACUUCGAACCAGCUCAACUGCGAGCCUUCCGCCCCUUUGCCAAAGAACCAGUGACUAUAACAUCAUUCGCGGACGAGGCUCUAGUUCUCUCAUCGCUGCAAAAGCCACGGAGACUGACGAUUCGCGGGUCCGACGGCAACAUGUACAACGUGCUUGCGAAACCUAAGGACGAUUUACGCAAGGACCAACGUCUGAUGGAAUUCAAUACGAUGAUCAACCGAUUCCUCAAACGCGACGUGGACGCGGCCAAGCGGCGGCUCUACAUCCGGACAUACGCGGUGAUCCCAUUGAACGAAGAAUGCGGGCUGAUCGAGUGGGUGGACAAUCUCAAAACGUUCCGGGACAUCAUUUUGAAGCUGUACAAGGACAAGUCGAUCCAGCCGAAUUACAUUGAAAUCCGCAAUUUGCUGGACGAGGCAUGCUCCGGAGACCCCGAAAAGGUCAACAUCUUCCCAACCAAGGUGCUGAGCAAAUUCCCACCCGUGUUCCACGAGUGGUUCGUCGAGAGUUUCCCUGACCCGUCGGCUUGGUUCAAUGCUCGUCUUCGCUACACGCGGUCCGCGGCCGUCAUGUCUAUCGUGGGCCAUGUGUUAGGUCUGGGCGACCGGCACGGCGAAAAUAUUCUAUUUGAGGAAGACAACGGCGGUACUCUUCAUGUCGACUUCAAUUGUCUGUUCGACAAAGGUUUGACAUUUGAAAAACCAGAGUUGGUCCCCUUCCGCCUCACGCAUAACAUGGUCGACGCCAUGGGCGUGUAUGGCUACGAAGGACCGUUUAGGCGGUGCUGCGAAAUCACCCUUGUUUUGCUCCGGUCCAACGAGGACGCCUUGAUGACUAUCCUUGAGACCUUUCUGCAUGACCCCACAACGGACUUUAUCAAUGUUGCGGGGCGCAAGAAGAAACAGGUCAAUGGCGUCCCUAAUACACCUGUUGAGGUUCUUGACGGCGUCAGAGCAAAGGUGCGCGGCAUGUUGCCUGGCGAAAGUGUCCCGCUGAGUGUUGGUGGCUAUGUCGAUGAAAUGAUCAAGCGGGCUACGGAUAUGGCGAAUCUGUGCAGAAUGUAUAUUGGUUGGUGUGCUUUCUUUUGAGAUGUUUAUCGAUGAUGCCGGGCGAGGGUAGUAGGGGGACGGAGGUUGGGUUGGGUUGGGCGCGUGUUGGUGGGUGUCAUGGCCUGCCUCGGCCCUUAGGGCUGGCUGGCUGGGGCUUGAUUGACUGUUUAUUUAUUGUGUUGAUUAUGACGGUUAUUAUUGCUGCUGCUGCUGCUGCUGCUGCUGCUGCUGUUGAUGUACUUUACUGCUGCAUUACAGUUCGUCAGUGUGAAGCAAGAACGGUACGGCACGAUUCAGUUGAUUGACUGACUGCCAGGGGAUACAUCUAUUGGAUCCACUCGGACCAUGUCUCGAUUUAGUCUCAUGCAUGCAUGAGAUACACAGUAUUAAGAUACAAAAAUUCAGGCAUCAACCCCUAUUCCCCCUCUUUCCACCCUUCUUCGCCCUCUCAGCAUGCAUCUUCAAAAUCUUCCGAUGCUCAACCAAACUCCUCUUCCCCUUCGACUUUGCUUUCCCCAGCGUCAUGAGGAAAUUCUUUUUCCUCGCUUUUUCCUUGUUGGUGGUACUCUUCCCUUCGCUCUCUUUGCGUUCUUUCUUUCUUGCCGCCUUGGAUUUAUGGUCUUCGCGAUCUUCCUUGUGUUCUUGUAGAAGUGCUAAUUUCUGGGCUCGAGUGGCUUUGCCGCGAGAUAGGGAUGCUAGACCUUCGAUUUCGGCCGCGGUCAAUGGGUCGUCGAUGUGGCGUUGGGCAUUGGUUUGCGCAGCUGCUGCGCGGGAGGCGCUGACGUGAUGAGCCUUGUGGUCUUUGUUGCCUAGUAAUGAGGACACGGAUGCCGUGGUGCGCAGUUCUUGGAGUUUGGCGAGAUCGGCGGGGGUGAGGAUGCGGGUUGUGGCGAGUUUUGAGAUUGAGGUUGAUCCUGAUCUUGGCUUCGUUGUAGUCGUACCCGUCUGGCUUUCGUCACCGUCUUGUUUGUCGUUGUCUUUGUCGUCAGCUUUUACUUUCUUCGCAGACGGUUUCUCGUCUUCGCUGUCGCUGAUUACGAUCUCGUCGUCACUUUCCACAUUGAUCCAGCCGCCUGAAUCGUCGCUGUCAUCUUCUUCCACGUCCCAUGCAUUCCAGUCCUCUUCGUCAUCUUCGUCUUCGUCCUCGUCUGCGUCGGAAGCGUCCGGGUCAAGUCCCUUUUCGAGUCUCUUUCUCCGCCUCUCUUCCUGCUUCCACUGCUCUAGUAGGCCCAAACCCUCAAUUUCACCAAUCGCCUCUUCGCCGAACCGUUGCUGUUUCUGUUCGCCGGCCCUUAAACCUAGCGUGGCGUCACGGCCUCGGUCGCGCUUCUUCAGCAUUUCCGCCCCGACUUGUCUAUACAGACCUAAUAGUCCCUUCGCGGCCAUCAUGACGCCCUUGUCUUUGGAUUUUCGGUACAUCACCAGAUCUUGUAAUAGUGUGUCGUUCAUGGCUAACGGCUGACGCACGCAAAUCUCCCGAAUGGCAUUCAACCCUGCUGCAGCGACCUCGCCGGCUGCGGCUUCGGAGACAAAUUCGUUGGCAAUUUUUUGAAUUAGUGGUUCUAGGUCGUCGGGAGGGACCAAGUUAUGUGUCGCUUGCGCCAGGGAGGCGAGGAAAGAAGUGACGGACGGUUGGCGGGGUGUCAAAUAUUUCAGAAAGUAAGAGUAGAAGCUGAGCACGGUCAACUUAUGCAAGCCGAUCAACCUCGACACCAGCUGCAACACCAACAAUCUCUGUUCGAGAUUCAAUUUUGUCUUGCUGCUCUGCAGAUGUUUGGAGAACAAGGAUUCCGCAAACCCCUGCGGGUCAUGCAGGAGAUGCAAAGCCGAAAAAUUGAGAGGAUGCGGUUGAC